GGUGUGAUCGGUUGUAUUUUGCUUAUCGCUGUGGUUCUGCGAUUCCCCGAAAAAAGCAAGGUCACGCUAUCGGGUUCUUUUUUUUUCGUUCGAGCUCAGCCACCCGGACUUUAUCAGCUCGGCCCCAGCCAUCCGGCAUAUAUCGUCUAUCUAAUCCAAGUGAUAGUUUUACGCGAGUGUAGUAUCCCGUCACACAGUUAGUAGUGCGAAAAACAAGUGAUCCGGAUCUCACUUCCUGGCGGGCCCCCGCCAACCGGAGGGACGGCCAAGCCGCCAAAGGGCUGCCUCCCACCGAAAUAUACCAAAAACCAAAGCGUACUACGACAUUUCUGUGAAAAAAAUGUGUAGUGAUAACAGUGGCAAGUAUCAGGAGCGCAGACUUUAAAAUCGCGCCUCCAUCACCAAGAAAAUUUAAACCUGAUAAAAAACUUGCGCCCCCAUCAAAAGUGCGAACCGUGAGCGACUUGUGAUCCAUACGAGAGUGUAGUGACGAACCUCAAACGAGUUUGGUUAAGUCCUCGGACAGUUCAAUCCCGGCCUUCCCUGAUUCUUCCGUGUAAACCUGCACUGCACCCCUUCACCGGGGAAGCAAACCAGACUAGAGUGGGCGAUGGAAGGCGAUCCGCCUCCCCCAGGGGAGGGUCCACCGCUUAGUCACUCCAUACCAGCCUUUAUGAACUCUGGUGAUUUGAUCGACCAGCAGACUCUACUGUUGCGUGCGGCGAAGGACAGUGUAGGUAACAGUGUAAGUUUACCAAACCCAUUGCUGUUACAUCUACUACUGAAAGAAGCAAUUGGGUCUGAUCCUAAUAAGUGCAUCCAUGCUACCAAGGAGGCAAGAGGAACGCAGUACAUUCUGCGCACUACAUCCAAAAGGAUACUCCAAAAAUUGCUCAGCAUUAAACAGUUCUCCAACGGUCAACAGGUUGAGGUGAUCCUCCAUCCUCACCUGAAUAAAACCCAGGGAAUAAUUUAUGACCUUGACACAAUCAAUAUUCCCACUGAAGAAAUUCUCUCUGCGCUCAGACCCCAAAAUGUGGUGGAAAUUAGAAGAAUAACCAAGGUGACCAAAGGAAUGCCGACUAACACACCACUGUUAGUACUCUCAUUUGCUGGGUCUCACCUGCCGGAAACGAUCUUCCUAGGCUUGGUUAGAGUAAGAGUGAGGAAAUAUUACCCUUCUCCCAUGCAGUGCUUCCGCUGCGGGCGCUUUGCACACGGAAGUAAAACAUGUGUGUAUAAGGAGAUAUGUCUAAACUGCGGCACAGAACACGAAACCAGUAACGAAAACCCAUGCACCAAACCUAGCAAUUGCACUAACUGCAAAGACAGCCACUCCGCCAGAGACAAAUCCUGCCCUGUUUAUCAAAAAGAGUAUCAGGUGGUUAAAAUCAAAACUGACAAUGGACUCUCAUUCCCGGAAGCCCGAGCCCUUGUCAAUCAGGAGUCAAGAAAACAAUCGUACGCAGCUACACUAAAAGAUAGACUAUCCCCUGGAAAUGACGAAAAAGAUCGCACCAUACAGAUACUUAGGGAGGAAAUUGCACAAUUAAGAGGAAUGACACCCAAAAAAACGGAGACUGAUAGCAAAGAUCUGAUAAUCGCUAAAUUAAAGGAGCAGCUAUUGGACGAGAAAAUACAAAAUAAAGAUUUGCGCAAUGAAAUGGCGGCCCUCCGCCAUGCUUUUACGGCACUGAGAAGGCAGGUGCUACCAAGGACCCCCUCAACCGGCCCCGGCACCAGCACAUCCCAAACGACGACGACAAAACCGGCAACAGGAUUCUUAGCUCCACAAGCUACGGUUGUGAAACAAAACACGCCAACAAGCUUAACACAAUCAGAAGGCGAAUCAAAUCGACCAAGCCGAAGCAAAUCGAAAAAGGAACGAGAUCAACAACAUCAAGAAAAAUCGAGGAGCCCCCUUCUGAAACAGAGCCAACAAAAACCAUCCGAAUUCGCAUCAGCAAAAGAAAUCCCGACAAAACAACUCUCCAAUCCCCAACCGCACAACAUUAAGAGGCCAAUAAACCAAAGUGGUGACCCAGCCACCUACAUUUCGGACUAAGUAGCCAAACUAAACAGCAACUACCUAAUAACACAUGCAACAACAAAAACGCCAGCAACACCACAAAAGCCUACCCACACCGACCCCGUCCGGGGAAGUACCGGCCCUCACCGACGAGCCCCCGGCGGCUGUCGGUGUGGGACCAUCGGUACCUUUCCGGGUAAGUACCGAAACACAACGAAAUUCGACCACAGAAACUGCCCCAUCUUUCCCCCCCACAGCAUCAAGCGACACACACCAAGCGGAAGAACCGGUUGCCUCCGUUCCCCCGGGCUACCGCGGGCAAUUGCGUAGGCGGACCGCCCGCCAUACACGAACUAUACUUCAGGAACCAACCCAACCGAUAAAGGGAACGUCGGUCCCCUCGGUCGACGACCCAACCCAUACGCUAACUGCAACACCCACCAACCAAUUUUCUGGCGAACCGGAAGCUCCCGGCCGGCAUCCGCUAGGAAGCCCCAGAGGAAGACUGCCUGGCCGCCCUGACCACAGGAACGACAAAGAGAGAAGCAAAGCACACAUCACAGAUGAGACGUGCACAAGACCCGUCGCUACGGGCUCUUUCACCCGCUCCGGCAGACAGUACAAUCCCCCACCAACUAGGCUAACUCCAAUACAGAGCAGAGCAGAUUACACAGUACCAAGCGGAAACGCCACGAACUAUAACCUCUUCAGCAACACGCCGGCAAUAACAUACCCAUCCCUAAGCCUAGCAGCGGGCCCCUCAUGGCGUACAGAUAGCUACAGAAUUCGCCAAAUAAACACUGAAGUCCCAAGUACCGCGGACCCUUCGCCAAACCGCUUGAUGUCCCGGGAAGGACUAUCCUUUAGCCCGACACCACCUCACCGAAGACUGGAGAAUAAAAGACACAGGACAACCAACAAGAACAAACACCUUACCAGAUCUGUUAGGGAAAAAGCCUUCUCCCCUGUACUGGCCCCGACCGCGGAUGUCCCGUACCCAUUCGAUGAGCCUCCGGCGGCUGCCAGUGCAGGGGGCCCGGCUCCCACCCGGGUAAGUCCCUACACAAUAAUCCCUAACCAAGACCAGAUAAGUGCUCCAGCCUACUUUCCAGCCUAUGAUACUGAACAAAGCAAUACAGUGGACGCCUCGACAACCUUCCAGAGGGCUCUGGGAGAGAAAAAAGGCCGCCGUGCCUCAUCCACUAAACCUGAACCUAGGAGCAACCUAAACAACGAGAUAAGAAAAGCUAACGACUCAGAUGAGCCGUCCUCAAGCUCCGUUACAACAGGCUCCUUCACCCGCUCCGGCAGAUUAUACAAUCCUUCAUCAUGCAGAACAACCUCGGCAACAACUCUUCCAUUACAAAGUCCAAUGGCGGGGUCAUGGCUCACCGAUAGCUAUGGAGCUUGCCAAAUAAACCCCGAAAUCUCAAGCCCCGCGGUUCUCGCCCAAAACCCCUUGAUGUCCCCGGGAGAGCGAUCCGUUAGUUCGACGCAACCUCACAACAGGCCGACGGACCAAAGACACAGCAUAACCAGUAAUAAUAAAUACGUUACCAGAUCUGCUAGGGAAAAAGCCCUCUCCCCUGCACCGGCCCCGUCCGUGGAUGUCCCGUACCCAGUCGAUGAGCCUCCGGCGGCUGCUGGUGCAGGGGGCCCGGCUCCAAUCCGGGUAAGUCACCCCACAAUAAACCCUAACCAGGAUCAGUUGAGCUCCCCGACCUACUUUUCAGCCAAUGAAACUGAGCAAAGCAAUUCUCUAAGACCCCCGGGAAGGCGGUCCGUUAAUUCGACGCAGCCCCAUAGAAGCCCAGAGGACAAAAGAUACAGCAGAGCCAGCCCAGUGGUGUCCGAAAUUCACAUACCGCCAAGCCCAACAAAUACCGCUAAUCGUCGGAGAUAUUCUGGCCUCAGCACAUCCCCACCAGACGAAAAGGAUUCUACCCUAGCAAUCCAAUGGAAUACCAAUGGACUUCGAGCCAAUCUAGGUGAGCUACAGAUUAUUAUUGCUCGAAAUUCCCCUAUUUGUCUUGCGAUCCAAGAAACCCACACCAACAGCGAUAUAGAUCUAGCAACAUGGUUCGGCAACCGUUAUCAGUGGGAAACAGCUAGAGGAUCUAAUCUCUACCAAACAAUCGGCCUCGGCAUCAGGACAGAUAUACCUUCGGAACCAAUCCCUUUGACAACCGAGUUGAUUGCCACGGCGAGUCGGAUCACCUAUCCUCUCAACUGUACUGUAGCUAAUGUAUACCUGCCACACACAAUUAGCGAUUUCGGAAACAAAUUUAGAAACCUUGUCAGACAACUACCCAUCCCCUUCAUCAUUAUGGGUGACUUUAACGCGCACCACACCUCCUGGGGCUCAGAAAAAUGCUGCCACCGGGGCAACGUAAUCCUCGAGGUGGCCGAAGACACCAACACCAUCAUACUAAAUGACGGCAGUACCACAUUUCUCCGUGGCCGCACGUCGUCGGCCAUAGAUCUGACCAUUUGUUCCAGCAAUCUCGCUGGAUCACUCGGCUGGAGGGUAUCACCGGAUAUGGGUAAUAGUGAUCACUUUCCAAUCGUUAUAUCGCACAAAUAUUUAUCACCAGCAACCACACGCCGAAGACAAUGGAUUUUCGAUCGCGCUGACUGGCCGGUCUUCGAAGAAGAAAUCUCGGAAAGCCUGGACCACGACCGUAAUUACGCUACUGAUGAACUCACCAACAUCAUAUUGAGAGCAGCGGGUAAGAGUAUUCCCCGGACCAGCGGCACCCCCCCACCCAAAGCAGUACACUGGUGGAACCCUGAAGUGGCUGCAAUCCUUAAAGACCGCCGAACUGCACUGCGCGCACUCAAGAGAACACCCCGAGACCUCCCCAUUUGGGAGAAACGGUCGUCCGAAUACCGGCGCCUCAGAAACAAGGGAAAAAAGGCCGUUGAAGAAGCCAAAGCCGCUAGUUGGACCAAAUUUAUCGAUGGUAUCAGUCCCAAUUCUCCAACUCCUGAGUUGUGGAGAAGAGUUAACGCCCUAAGCGGAAAACGUCGGCAAAUAGGCUUUACACUCACAACCGAUGGAGGCACUACAAUGGAUCCACAAGCAAUAUCCAAUCAGAUUGGCACUUACUUCCAGCUCCUGUCAGCCGACGAAUCGCUCCCACCUGCCUUCCUUCGACGCAAGGCUGCAUUAGAAGCAUCCCCUACGAGUUUCUCACCGGACUCCAGUCAAGAAUACAAUAGAGCCUUCUCUAAUAUCGAACUCGCUACAGCUCUUGGUUGUGGUCGAGGCAAGUCAACAGGUCUUGACGAUAUAGGUUACCCCAUGUUGAGGCACCUCCCACCAAUUGGGAAGAGUGCACUACUUCGCAGCUUUAACACAAUCUGGGAAGGUGGGUCCUUCCCAGAUAACUGGCGUGAGGCUCUUAUUGUGCCAAUCCCAAAAAAGAAAAGACCCAGAAUCGCAAGUGACUUUCGCCCAAUAAGCCUUCUCCCGUGCACAUCUAAGGUGAUGGAAAGGAUGGUAAACCGAAGACUUACCACGCUCCUGGAGGAUCGUAACCUGCUUGAUCUCAGACAGUUCGCUUUUCGCAAAGGACUCGGUGCCGGAGUACACUUGGGAUCAUUCGGCGAAGUGGCAACUCAGGCCAUGAACGAAGGUCACCAUAUCGAUAUCGCCAUUCUGGACUUAGCCAAGGCCUACAACACUACGUGGCGUGAAGGAAUCCUCCGACAACUUAGGCAAUGGGGGAUUGAAGGAAAUUUAGGCCUCUUCGUGCAGCAUUUUUUGAGUAACAGGCGUUUUCAGGUUGGUAUAGGUGGAAGCCGAUCUAACUUUUUCCAAGAAGCAAAUGGGGUUCCCCAAGGCUCCGUCCUGGCGGUGACGCUCUUUCUUAUCGGGAUGAACUCACUGUUCGCCACCUUACCAAAGGGUGUUUUUAUAUUUGUAUAUGCGGAUGACAUUAUCUUGGUAGUCACCGGAAAACAUAAGACGCGCGUACGAAUCAAACUCCAAGCUGCUGUAAGAGCCGUCGUCAUUUGGGCGGAAUCAGUCGGCUUCAACAUUGCGGCCGAGAAAUGUGCAGUUACACACUGUUGCAAUACCAUGCACAGAGCAACGGAUCGGCCGGUGAAACUACUCGGUACCAUUAUACCGUUCAAAAAAGAACCAAAGAUUCUGGGUAUUACGAUUGAUCGUAAAUUGACCUUCCUACCGCAUUUUAGAAAUGUAAAACAAGACUGCAAGAGCAGAAAGCGAUUAAUUCAAGUAAUUAGCACACGACAUACCAAAUGUAAUCGCACAACCUUGCUUGACAUUAGUCGGGUCUUGAUCCAAAGCAAAAUAUAUUAUGGACUCGAACUAACAUGCUGCAACUGGGAAGAUAUGGUCAAGACGCUUAGCCCACUAUACCAUGGAGCGAUUCGUUUUGCAUCCAACCUCCUACCCAGCACGCCUGCUGAAGCUGCAUGUAUGGAGGCUGGUAUACUCCCAUUCAAAUGGGCCACAGCAGUUGCAACUCUGAGGCAGGCCCUUAGAUUCCUCGAGAAAACAACUGGCACUGACUGCGCUUUGUUACGGACCGCUGAAGAAAUCCACUCCAGCUUCACAAACUCCCCCCUGCCGCAAAUCGCCCGACUAUACAACACCGGAAACCGUGCCUGGUCAGAACACGGACCGAACACUGAUACCAAUCUGACCCGCCGUCUGAAGGCAGGUGUUUCCCCCAACAUUGCCCGAGCCAGUUUUCUACAACAUGUCAAUAGAAGGUACUCAAACCACCUGAAGAUAUUUACCGACGGAUCAAAGUUAAAUGGAAGGGUAGGGGUGGGUGUGAGUGGAGUGGGAGCUGGUCUUUCAACUCGCCUUCCCUCGCCGUGCUCUGUCUUCUCUGCUGAAGCUGCUGCCAUCGCUCUCGCUAUCACAAAGAAACCCGAAGAUGUUCCAGUUGUUAUUUUUUCCGACUCCUUGUCUGUUAUAACCGCACUAUCCUCCGGAAACUCCAGGCACCCAUUUGUGCAGGCUAUCGAACAAUCUUGCGACUCGCUCACCUCCAUCUGCUGGGUACCUGGACACAGUGGCAUCCACGGUAAUGAGGAUGCAGACCGCCUGGCAUGCCUCGGACGUCAAUCCAGCACCUUACUCACCAAGAAGGUUCCAGCGGCAGACAUCUUGAAUGAGUUCAAAGGGAAAGCGGAAGCAAAUUUUACAAGCCAUUGGAGAAGCAGCCAGGGACAUCUACAAAAAGUCAAGUGUACACUCGAAGGAUGGACCGACCGUGACAGCAGACUCGAACAGAGGGCUCUGUCCCGGCUCCGCGUGGGACACACAAAAAUCACUCACGCUCACACCAUAUCACGUGUCGACCCUCCGAUCUGUGAAUCCUGCCAAACUAGACUGACGGUCGAACACUUGCUGAUUAACUGCCAGGAGCUAAUCGAUCUCCGUCAGCAGUACAACCUGCCCUUGUCCAUUCGGGAUGUUUUGGAUAACGACCCAGUUCGAGAGGAGACCCUACUAGCCUUCUUAAAAGAUGCUAGGAUCUUUGAUGCAAUUUAAACAGGAAUCAACAUCUUCCGCGGGCCCUCCGCCACACUCUGGAGAGUGCUGGGGAGGUCUCUCCGCGGCCCUAACAUACCCAGAUGAAUCAGCUAAACAAUGCUCCAUUCGACUGCAAACCCGCAAACCACGACAACGCAAAGGAGGAGAAAUCCGUAAUAGCCAAUCUACGAGCCCACAUAGCAACGAGGCAUCUUCCGGACUACAAUAAAACAAUAAUCUAAGAAUUUUUUUUUGUAAAAUCCGAUGUAAAUUAUUUAUUUAUUUAUUUUUUCUUAUCAAGGCGAAUGACCUAUGAGGUUAAAGCCUUCAAUUAAAUAAAC